CUAUCAACGCGUCGCAACAGCCGCCAUUAUAGAUUCCGUUGUGAGUGACCGAGGAGAGUCUCUCACAGUCGUCCGAACUAUACUACUCCGUUGUUCCCGUGUGGCGUCAGAGACCGCGUAUUUUUUUUAUCAUCCGUAUUUAAUCGUGAUCGAACGUUAUUAUUCGUUUAUUCAAUACUUUGUUUGAAAUUCAACAAAACGCUCGAUCAUCGGGAAAACAAAAAAAAAUUUCAUUGUUUCUCGAACUGAGUCGUAAAUACAAGAAAACAAAGCUGGACGCGAUGAAAACGUACAGUCGUAAGAAGGGCGACAGCCCGAGCAACGUUAUUAUUCACGUGAACGAGCUAUGCCGACUGUGCCUCGCCAAGGAAGAAGAAAUGGUGCCCAUUUACGACGACGAAGCUAUUCCUCUGCCGCUACGUAUUAUGGCGUGCGUCAAUCUCGAGGUCUGGGAAGAGGAUGGCUUACCAAACAUGAUUUGUCAUCCCUGCAAAUAUCAGUUAGAAAAAUCUUAUCAGUUUAAAAAGAAGUGCGAGGCAGCUGACACAAAACUGAGAAAGCACAUGAAAUUGAUACAACGCUUGACCGGUCAGGAUGAGGAGGGAGAACAAAUGGAGGGUAAUGAAGAUUCGGAGGAGCCAUCAAGCAGCAGUGGAAAGUCUCGUCAAGUGAAGCAACUGCUCGCUGAUCUGGUAGCCACAAAGGGCGAUGCCAAUCAAGAAGAUGGAGAUCCCAUACAAGUUACAGAAGAAGAACUUGUAGGAGGCUACAUAUUGGGUAUGGCUUCAGAAAAUAUAGAAAUGGAAGAGUCAAUUCCAGAAGGUCCGGCAAAUAUAACUCUGGUUCCAGCUGAAGAAAAAACAGCGAAGGCGCGUUGUACGAUGCGUGGUGCACGUAUAAAGCAAGAACCGACUGGCGAGUCAGAAGACGAGGCGGAAGAGGUUCAGAGAGCAAUCGCAAAUGCUGACCGAAAGAACGUUUUUAUGAUGGAAGUAACAAGCAACAAUUCCGGGCAUGGAGAACUACAACUGCAGCCAGUAACAGAUUCCAUUGUCGGUGGUAACGAAGAACUGAAAGUAUUCCAAUGCGACAAAUGCCCGAAAGCGUUUACACGAAGAAUCAUGCUGAAGAGCCAUCAAUCGGUACACUCGACUCAACGAGGUUUCACGUGCCAAGCUUGCGAAAAGUGGUUCCCAACGAGAUCAGCUCUCAUACGCCACGAACGUACUCAUACAGGUGAAAAACCAUUUGGCUGCAACAUUUGUCAUCGAGCGUUCGCCCAAAAAGAAAUUUUGCUACGUCACUUGAUGACACACUCCGGUCAAAAACCAUUCCAAUGUCAGGAUUGCGAAAAGAGCUUUACUCAGCGUGAAGCUUUGAGAGUUCACAUGAGACGUCAUCAGAAGCUCGAUCCUAAUGCUAUCCAGUUGCAUCACUGUCAACUCUGUCCGAAAGCGUUUUGCCACGCUUCCGGUCUCAGCAGACAUCUUGUAACCCAUACAGGAAGAACGUACAAGUGCGUCGAGUGCGAAAAAUCCUUUACCGAUAAAAGUUCAUUGCUCAGGCACAGUCGUAUACACGCACCGAAAAAAAUGUAAAGAUGAUUGGAUGAAUGAACACAAUUUUUGUUUUAUCGUAAAAAUCCGGAUAUUCACACAAUUUCCUUGUAGGAGAAACUAAUGUCAGAAUGACGAUUCGAAAAUGGAACUCCGUGAAUAACUACCGCUAUUGUUUCACUUUCGUUAAAUUGGUGUCAAAAACAAUUAUUUUUUCACAAUUGAAGUCCAUUGAACGGUGAUAUCUUUUUAUGAUUUCGAUUUUACAUUGUAAAUAUUCAGCAUUGAAAAAUUUGUGUGAAGAAUAAUUUCUCUGGAUUUCUCGAAUCGUAGUUAAAAGAAAAAAAUUAUUCCAUUAUACUAAAUAUGAGCUAAAUAUAUUUGGGAUCCUUUGCAGUAAGAUUCUAAUUUAGUAAAAACGAAUCGAUCAUUGUGAAAAACUAAGAAUCCUGAUUUAAAAUAAUAAUGGCACAAGUUAUACUAAACUACAACAAAAAAAAUAUAAAUGCGAAUAAAAAAAUUCAAGAACUCCAACUUUUGAAAGCGAACAAUUAAUUUUUGGUCCAACAUCGACUUUGUAUCGAUAAAAGAUAUCGAAUCCUUAUAAUUCUAUAUAAGUAUAAACACAGGCACUUUAAUGAUAUUCUUUGGUAUCAUUGUAUUCCCGCGAGUAGCUGGUGAACAAUUAUUUUUUUAUUUAUCGACCAAGUCGAGACAAUGGAACGCUGAAUAUGUGUGAGAAGAGUUGCGUCACAUUUAACAGCUUUCGGACAACCAUAUUACGUUUUCAAAUAAGGGAACCUGAUUUUUUUCUUAUCGUUAAUCUUCACGAUCUUUUACAUGUCUAUUCACUUGGAAAGUCAUGAAGACUUCGUUGUGUGGUUAUAUAUAUAUAGAAAUUCACAAUCUGAUCUAUUGUAUAUAUAUAUAAUAAUUAAGGAUAAACAUUACAUUUUAUAUUGUUACGAGCCACCAUCGUAUAUGAAAAAGAAGAAAACUUCAAUUACUGGAAUAUUUCAUCGAUUCGUUUUAAGGGGACCUAUGAAAAGGUUGUUCCGGGCCACCGAAAUUAUCACACUGUAUAGCCUACCUGUAUCGUGAAAAACAGUAUCAAGAUUUUUAUGUAACAAAAAAAGAUUAGAAUUGAUUAUGCGUGUAGUCCCGCAGACGUUUGUAAAAAAAAACACAAAAAUAUCACAGUAAAAAUAAAUAUGCGUAAACUGAGA